AUGUCGGAGAGAAGACGACUUCCUCCCCAGACCUUGGUGCCGUUGCCCAGCUUACUUUGCUCCAAGCUGUGUCCUCAGUACUGGCCAGAGAACGGGGUGCAUCGCCAGGGGCCAAUCCAGGUAGAGUUUGUAUCAGCUGACCUGGAGGAGGACAUCAUCAGUAGAAUUUUCAGGAUCUACAACGCAGCACGACCUCAGGAUGGGUACCGUAUGGUUCAGCAGUUCCAGUUUCUGGGUUGGCCCAUGUACCGAGACACGCCCAUGUCCAAACGCUCCUUCCUCAAGCUCAUCAGACAGGUGGACAAAUGGCAGGAGGAGUACGAUGGAGGAGAGGGACGCACUGUGGUGCACUGUCUUAACGGAGGAGGCCGCAGUGGGACGUUCUGUGCCAUCAGCAUCGUGUGUGAGAUGUUGCAACAUCAACGUUCCGUAGACGUUUUCCACGCCGUCAAAACACUGAGGAACAACAAACCCAACAUGGUCGACCUACUGGAUCAGUACAAGUUCUGCUAUGAAGUGCCUCUGGAGUACUGAGGAUUCUGGAUAAACAGCAGGCUAAGCCUGGACACAGAACUAGACUGGACUGAAGGGGUUUGGGACUUUACAAAAGACUGCAGCACAGACCGACCGGUGUUAUGGUCAAACAACUGGAGCAACACAGCAAGCAGACGCAGCAAGGCAACACAGCAAGCAGACGCAGCAAGGCAACACAGCAAGCAGACACACACACACAGAGCUCUCUCUUUCUUAGUUUGAUCAGCCAGAUGAGGAAGUAACAGAAGUGAGGUGUACAGUCUCUAUAUAUUUCCAUCAGUAUCGGUCUAUCUGCUAUCAGGAAGGAUACAGUCUCUAUAUAUUUCCAUCAGUAUCGGUCUAUCUGCUAUCAGGAAGGAUACAGUCUCUACAUAUUUCCAUCAGUAUCUGUCUAUCUGCUAUCAGGAAGGAUACAGUCUCUAUAUAUUUCCAUCAGUAUCGGUCUAUCUGCUAUCAGGAAGGAUACAGUCUCUAUAUAUUUCCAUCAGUAUCGGUCUAUCUGCUAUCAGGAAGGAUACAGUCUCUAUAUAUUUCCAUCAGUAUCGGUCUAUCUGCUAUCAGGAAGGAUACAGUCUCUAUAUAUUUCCAUCAGUAUCGGUCUAUCUGCUAUCAGGAAGGAUACAGUCUCUAUAUAUUUCCAUUAGUAUCUGUCUAUCUGAUAAAUUCCUGGUACAUGUACUGUAAAUAUACUUAUCUAAUAAAGGAGAUUCCAAUUCUAUCUAGACACGGGUAGAUUUGAGAUGGGUUGUUAGCAUUAUGGUAAUAGAUCCACCUUUCACUAUGUAGCGUAAACCUACUCAAUACUCCCAGAUCAACACCGUGACUAGGGGUUAGGAGAGAAGUGUCUAGGGGUCAUGGGUCAAUUUGGGACAGGGUGCCUCUCUCUCUCUCUCGCUUGUGUUCCUGUGGUUUUUCUAUGCCUUUAUAUAUCCUCAUCGGAUGACAACAACAACAACAACAACAACAACAUGCAUCAAGACUUUCCCAUUUCUUGUGGAAUGUGAUCUAUACUGUACGUAACGUGUUCAUUUUAAAUCUCUCUCCAUCAUGUUUUACUAGAAGUUAAAAUGCCUAAAUGUUACUGUACUGUAUGUCCUGCAAAAUAGGAAUUAUAGAUGGAAUAUUAUUAUUCAUGGUUAUUGAUUAUGGCAUCAGAAAAUGGAGGGAGUUGGCACAACCAUAGAAAUAGGAUCACUAGAACGGGGAUCACCAUUCAAGUCAAUGGGUCUGUAAUGGGUGGACCGGCGGCCAUGAUUCUAUUUCCAUGGGCACAAUCUACAUUCGCUUACGUUCUAUCCUUCCUGUUUCGAGGGAUCCUUAAGCUUUUUGUGCAUUUCCAUUGUGUUUCUAGUUGUGCAUAUUGUAAAUAUUUCUGUACAUUAUUUAUUUGCAGUCUAUAUGUAAUAAUGGUGAAUGACAGUUUAAGUGACUCAUCUUUUUAUGGGUUUGUUGAUUUGAUUUGAUUGAUUGAUUGUGUUGUUUGUGAGCAUAUGUUUUUUUGGGUCAUAUUGUAUGACGGAUAAAUUCCACUAACACAUAAAUGUAGCUACAGUAUAAAAACGAUUAGUGGUGCUGUUGUUUUUUUU